AUGACCUUCUCUCGUGCCACUUCAUUAUUGGAUGAAUCCUGUGAUGCUUUGGUGAAUGCUAUACUUAAACUUGAUUGGGCUGGCGUGGAUAAAAACGGAAUAGUUCCAUCAAACCUCGAAAAUAUACAUGGAAAAGUUCAUUAUGCCUUAAAAAACAUUUUUUCAAUAGUUCCCAGUGCUGCCGAAGAAUUACUUGGAAUUUUAUCUCGCGGAUUUCCUCAUAAAAGCGAAUCCUUACCUGCUCAGACCGAAGUUCAAGGAAAAAUUGAUGAAAUAGAGGAUAUGGAAGAUGCAUCAACCAAAUAUGAAUUAAGUUUACAUUCGGACCAAGGUAGCCAGUCAAGCUUCACCUCUUCAAUUCAUGGAAAAUCUCGGUUUAAUUCGCCGACCAAUUCUUAUAACGGUGAUUUUGAUUACGGUUCUGAUGAAGAUAUUGAAGAUUCUGCUCCUUCUAUCGUCGCUCUUGAUAUUGGGGAAAUGAUCGAAAAAUUGGAUUGUAUGAUCAAACUAGUUUUUGAUUAUCUUAAAUGGUUUUUUGAUAAAGGAUCAAAGGACGAACGAGAUGAGUUGUUUGAUAUUCUUUUGACCAUUUUCGAGGAAAAUAUCUUUGACAAAGAGCCUGAUAUAAUAAGAGAAGCUACAUCACAAUACAUAGGUUCAUUCGUUGGUCGUGCUAAUUAUUUAAGUUCUACUGAGAUCAGAUUAUGUAUUCAGGCAUUAUUGUUAUGGACGGAGAGAUAUAUUGAGA